UUCUUUUUUUCUUUUCCAGGUUCAGAUAUCGUAAAGUAUUAUUUAAACCGUUAUCCAUCAAUGCGAUCCAAAAUAAACGUCUUGUAUGAAUUCUUCUGUUCUGUCGAACAAAUGUGCAAGAAUUUCGGUCGUUAUCUUUUCGACAGUGUAGUUGUUAAGACGGCAUUAUAUCGUCUAGAAAACGUCAUCAAAACAUCAGAAGUCCUCUUGAAAAGAUUGCUGAGAGUAAUCGACGGCGAUAAUAGUGUUGUGUAUAGAUGUCACAGAUGUCAGUUCUUGAGUUCGGUCUCUGCUCACAAUGAUUAUGCAUCUAGUGAAGAUGAGACGGUCCAAAUCAGAACACAGAGAGAUUGUGGUUUGACCGAUGCUGACCAUAUUACAGAAAACGGCUUGUCUGGUCCGCAGAGGGAAAACCUAUCGACUUCUCUAGAAAAAGCUGCCGAAAAAGUAUCUAGCGAAACCGCAAAUGACGCUGACAAGAGAACUAAAACCGUUGAUGGUACUGGACAGGAUAGCGAAACAACAGAUGUUGCUGGUAACUGGGCAAAACCCGCUUGUAGUGCCGGCAAUGACAUCGAAACCACGAACGCUUCUGACAGCGAAGGCGGAAACACUGACACAAUCCACAACGGUCUCAUCAAUGCUCAUAGAGAAGUCGAAGGCAUCGAAAAAUUCUUUAUCUUAUUCUACAAGACCUUCGUUUUGUAUCCAUUUAACGCUUACGUGGCAGUGUUGCAUUUCAUCCGAAACGUAACUUUUGAUGCCAACGACUACUGUCAAAAAUUGGGUCCUAUAACCUCCUCGGGUCGCAAAAUUGUAUCGCCUCGUCGCAUGAUCCGAAAUAGAUUUCUCUUACAAUUGAAGAAAAUGACGAAUGAAGUUGUAAAUUUGGCUGCCGCAGACGAUCGCUUUAAACUGUUUCUCGCUGAGACUGGUGACUUGAUAAUUAACUGCAACCAAUCAACUUCACGAAAAAGGAAGAUUUCACUGGAUGACUUGGACGCUUGCAGUAGCAGCAGUGGUGAUCCGGAUUACGUGCCUGAAAUACCAUAUUCGGAUUUGGAGUCUGAAAGUCUUUCAGAAGAGGAUUUUUCUGGUGAAGAUGAUGAAAUUGAAGAUUGCGAAGUUCCUCAAGAUACCCAUGGAGCUGAAACCCAAACAGAUGGCGUCAAGCAUGCUAAAGACUCGAAUAACGGUGUUAAAGAUUUCGAUAUCAAGAAUAAAAUAAACGAUAUUAAGGAUAUUGAGAAUAAGAUGAAUGAUGCACGGGAUGUGGAGAAUGAAACGAACGAGGAUGGGGAGAAUGAAAAGAACGAGAGUGUGAAGAAUGAGGGUGUGAGGAAUGGGGAGAAUGAAAUGAAUGAGGAUGGGGAGAAUGAAACCAGUGAGGGUGUGAAGAAUGAAACGAACGAGGGUGUGAAGAAUGAAAUGAAUGAGGGUGUGAAGAAUGAGGUGAAUGAGGAUGGGGAGAAUGAAAUGAAUGAGGGUGUGGAGAAUGAAAUGAAAGAGGGUGUGAGGAAUGGGGAGAAUGAAAAGAAUGAGGAUGGCGAGAAUGAAAAGAAUGAGGAUGGCGAGAAUGAAAUGAAUGAGGAUGGGGAGAAUGAAACGAACGAGGAUGGGGAGAAUGAAACGAACGAGGGUGUGAAGAAUGAAAUGAACGAGGGUGGGAAGAAUGAAAUGAACGAGGGUGGGAAGAAUGAAAUGAACGAGGGUGGGAAGAAUGAAAUGAACGAGGGUGGGAAGAAUGAAAUGAACGAGGGUGGGAAGAAUGAAAUGAACGAGGGUGGGAAGAAUGAAAUGAACGAGGGUGGGAAGAAUGAAAUGAAUGAGGGUGUGAAGAAUGAGGUGAAUGAGGAUGGGGAGAAUGAAAUGAACGAGGGUGUGGAGAAUGAAAUGACUGUGAAUGGUAUUCAAGCAAGCAAUAUUUGUGAAACUGAUAGUCCGGGAAAAGAGGUUAUUCUACAGAACAAUGGUAAGAAGACGGCUCCAGUUUCGGAAGAGGUUGACUAAGAAUUAUAACGGGCUCUGAAAUGCAAAACAAAAAUGAAACAGUAAAAAUGUCGGUUCAGUUAUUUGAAGGAAGGACCGUUAAGCUUGACACUAUUGCCUUUAUUCGUAACGAUGAUCCAAUAUUAUUAUUAUUAGCCAACAUAAGCCUUUUCUUUGUUUUUA